AUGGCCACCUGGGCCAAGAAUACCGAGAACAUCGCAGUUCGACCAAAUGGCAACCUCCUCGUCGCGGAUCUGAGCACAGCAGAGCUCUGGGAAAUUGACCCUUCAAUCCCCAGCUCAGCUCAUCUAGUCCACCACUUCAAUGGCGCCGAAGACGCAGAUAGAAUCACGGAGCUUUCACCAGAUAUCUAUGCAGUAAUUGCAUCUAAUUCAGUCUAUACGCUCGAUCUCAGAAACUACGAAUAUACGCCCAAGUCAGUCCUGAUUGCGAAACUCCCCGCUGGAUAUUCGAACGGCAUAGCUGCUCUAGAUGAAGGGAACGCAGUCGCCAUAACAGACUCCCAGCUCGAUCUUAUAUGGCGUCUCGAUAUCCGCACCGGCGAGUACACCGUGAUCUGCCAAGACGAGACACUGACCGCAAAUCGUGACAUGGGGUUGUUGCUAGGGGUCAACUGGUUGAAGAUACUUGUAAAUGAUUAUAUGUACUACACCAACAGCCGGAAGCGGAUUUUCUGUCGCGUUCGAAUUGAUAUGCAUAAAGGUCGUGCUUUGGGGCCUUAUGAGAUUGUUAUUGCGGGUUCGAAGGACCCGAGGGAUUUGAUGACUGCUACGUCGGCGGCUUUUGGAAGGACAGAGAGGGAUCGCAAUGUUCCUCAUAUUACUACCGGAGGGGAGACGAAGCUUCCUGUUAACGGCACGUGUACCAGAGGGGGCGAGGUUAUGGCGCUUUCUGUGGAGUUUUAG